AUGUCCCCAGAAGAUAUUUCUGCUGCCAUUGAACUGCGUGAUAUUAUGUCAAUGGAGUUGAUCAUUAUCGGCGGCUUCGGGCUUUGUUUCUCCUUCCCUGGAUUUUGUAUGAUGAGAUGGAUUCGAAAAGUAAAAUGUGACGAAGCAAAGCCACACUGCGCAAGGUGCACGAGUACAGGCAGGAGAUGUGAUGGCUAUCUCUCAAAACCUCGGGCUGGUCUGUCAUUGCACGAAUCGUGCCGCCUGACUAAGAACGGUGGCCGUGACGGCGAAGCAAGGGCUUUUGAUUUCUUCCGGCACGUAGCUGGCCCGGCCCUUUCGGGCCAGUUCGACGCCUACUUCUGGACAAAUAUGGUGACACAAGUGAGUCAUCGCGAGCCGGCCGUAAGGCAUGCAGUGAUGGCUCUGAGUUCGCUCUAUGAGCAGUUCCAAGACAUGAACAAAUCGCCACUUCUUGCAUCGAUAAACCGCUUCGCCGUGCACCAUUAUAACUCAGCAAUCAAGGAGCUGCUCUCGGCUCGGGACGACGCGGUGGUGUUACUUGUGUGUGCGCUCUUCAUCUGUGUCGAGUUUUUGCAAGGGAACAAGGAGUCGGCCAUCGAGCACUGCCGAAACGGUAUCCUGAUCCUCAACAAGGCAGCUCCAUCGUUGUCGUUACGCCAUGACUACCUCCCCCUCAUUUUCUGUCGCCUGAGUAUCUUUCCUUUGUUCUUUGGAUGCUCGGUCUCCUCAUUUCCUUAUGUGGCAGGCCUGGAUGCCAAAGCUCAACACCAUUUCUCCAAAAUUGCAGAUGCGCAAUGCUCUCUCGACGUUCUCCUCUCCGAAUCGAUUCGGUUCAUCCGCUCCACCGAAGAUUAUCGGCUAGGAACAUUGCGACACACGGCCGUCCCAUCUUCGAUAAGGGAGAAGCAAGAUUGCCUCGAAAGGUCACUGAGUGCGUGGUUUUACGCGUUCUCUGAGUUUCACGCUGCUCAGCCGCCCUCAGACAGUCGCGCAGUAAGGUAUCAUCUCCUUCAGAUGAGGUAUCUGGUGACCCAGAUUUGGGUCAACGUGGCUCUAGAACAAAACGAAACGGCAUACGAUCGGCAUCUUGACCAAUUUCGGUCAAUAGUGCACAUAGCAUCUCAAGUGGUGCUGCCAGGAUCACGGGAUCAUUCUCUUCGCCCUAAGUUCAUAUGCGAGAUGGGGUUUACGCCUCUCCUGUACUUUGUCGUUAUGAAAUGCAGAUCUCUACCGACUCGCCUCACUGCCUUAUCAUUGAUGAAGGAACUCGGGAUCAGUCGUGAAAAUCUCUGGGACUUGAACACGAUGUAUUGUGUGGGCCGGCGUCUGGUUGAGAUGGAGCAUGACAUUACCCUGAGCGAGAUCACUGUGCAGAGCUCUCUCCGUAGGUAUGCCGAAGUACCUCUUGAAGAGAGGCGUAUAAGAGAGGUUAUGCUUGACCCAGGGGUGGAUAUUCGCCAAGAUAAUGAAGGCCACGAGGUCGUCUGGACGCAAAUGCAUUCCAUGCUCUGGAAACCUGUUGGCGACCUGGUCAUGAAAAGUGAAUGGAUGGUAAUCUCCUAA